UUUCUAAAUAUCAAACCAACCAUUCCAUUUAGUUUUCUUUGCAGUGUUUUGUUUGGUUCUAUAUUUUUCAAUUCAAUUUUCAAUAUUCAAAUGUAGGGAUCUAUUCGAUAGUGAUUAAGCUAAGCCCUAAGGCAAGGCACGGAGAAGGUUGAUCUGCGAUGUCAUGGCUGCGAUCGGCGGUGAGCAAAGCCGUGGAAGUAGGCGGCAACGGAAAUAUCACCCGCAACCUUCGCAGUUAUGCCGGAUCCGUCGUCCAGCAUGCCGGUUACGCCGGCUUCGACGACGCUACGAAAACUCGCGAUCGAUCUGGACCUGGGAACUUCAAGAGCUUUAAGCAUGCUUUGAAAAGAUUAGAGGAACAGUCUGUUUCUUGUAGAGGCAUAGAGAGACUUCAGCAACUACGUAGGUGGUUAGUUGCUCUAAAAGAGAUUGAGAGACUACAUGGAGCUAAAUUAGAAGCAGGGAAAAACAAUGACCUUGUAGACAUUUCCAUCGCAAAAAAGGAUGUUCACAGAGAGCCUACUAUGGUUUUAUAUUAUGAUCCUGAUCUUGGCGGGGAACCAAUGAAUUUCAAAGAUGUCUUUCUUCGCAGUCAAGCUCUAGAAGGAAUCGUCUUGUCAGUGAUUCUUGAAGCACCAGAUGAAGAAGAAGUUUCGUUACUUACAGAGAUAUUUGGACUUUGUCUUACAGGUGGCAAAGAAGUUUGUGAUGCAACAAUUACUAGCAUAGAAGCUUUGGCUAAAGCUUUCUCAAACUAUAGUGAUGAAUUACUGGCAAAGAAGGAAGAUCUUCUUCUGUUCGCACAAAAUGCAAUUGCUGGGUUAAAAGUAAAUGCUGACAUAGCAAGAAUAGACUCUGAAGUUUCCAACAUACAGCAGGACCUCCACAAAAUGCAAUGCUGGCCACCUUCAAAGGAAGUUGAUAGAUCAUCAGGAUCUUCUACAGAGAUAACAGAGGCUUUGAAAGAAGAACUUGCUCAGAUCCAAUUAUUUUCCAAAUUGGAAUCACUUUUGCUACAAGAGAAGAUUUUACUUAAUAGAAACGUAUCAGGAAACCAGUUUCAAAAGGUUGAUAAGUUAAAGGUUUUGUCGGAGUCCCUUUCAUGCUCUGCUUCAAAAGCAGAAAAACGUAUUUCUGAGAGCAGACUUCAGAAAGAAGGAGCUCUUAACUUCCGCAUCACAAAAGCGAAUGAAUUCUCCCAGGUUGAAAAGGUGUUAACAGCCAAAAUUCAUGAACUUGAGAAGCAAAAAGAUGAACUUGAAGCAGAGUUGCAAAAAGUCAAUUCCACCUUGACUUCUGCAUAUGCCCAUCUUCGCAAUGCCAGGGAGGAAAGAGAUCAGUUUAAUGAAGCUAGCAACGAAAUUCUUCAACACAUCCAAAUGAAGGAGGAGGAGUUUUCUAGAUCUAUUGUUUCAUACAGAGCCGAAGCAGAUGUUUGUGAUGCGUUUAUUUACUUCUUAGAAGACACCCGAGGAUUUGAGUCAUCAUAUAUUAAACAAAAAGAGAAGCAUGUCAAUGAUGAAUUGGAGAGAUGUGAAAGCUAUUUUGGGGAUUUAGUGAUCCGUGUCUUAUCUGCAUACAAGGACGAAUUAGAGCCUUCAAUUUCAAAUGUCAAGAAACUUGCAGAGAACAUGAUAGCGUCGGAGGUCUCCGUUGCUGCUCCAAAUGGUGAGAAUAAGAGUGCUGUUGAUGCAAGACGGCGGCUAGAGGAGGAAUACUUGAAGGCAGAAACCAAGUUAAUAACUGCAUUCAGCGUUGUGGAAAGUAUAAAAAGUCAAUUCUAUGCGCAAGCUGAAGGAGUUUCGAGGAAGGAUUACGAGAACGUGAAAGAAUUAUUUGAUAGUCUUGGAAAGAUGAAAGAAGAAUUCGAAUCCAUUUGUAGACCCUCUCUGGAAGUUGAAACUCCGAGUAGAAGGGGAGAGAAGCCAUUAAAAAUGAUGUCAGAACCCACUACUCCCCGAUCUUACAAACAAAAUGCCGAACCCGCCACCCCUGGAGCAGCUCUGCAAAACGAAAGAUCACUGAGGGGGAAUCUGAGAAAGAGUCUUUCUAUGGCUAUCCGUCACACCAACGACGCGGUCAGCUUUGGACGUGAAGACAGUUACGUGUCCCAAAAAAUCCUGAGAACUAAGUCGGUUGAUCCGGGUGCUGAAUUGUCCAAACUGAAGAUGGAAUUGGAACUUGAGAACAGUAGCAAAGACCAUUCUUUCGAUGAAAUUUAUGACUGGGAAUCAGAUGCUAAUGAUAAAGAAAUGAUGCCCGGUGAAUGAGUAUUUACCAUUUAGUUUUAUUUUUUUGAACCUGCAGCAUAAAUUCCCCAGAGCAGUCGCUUUCUCAAGAGAUCUGCAGCAGCUGAGGGACACUCUGCUGACAUGCCCCAUUCUUGCAUGCCUUUGUUGGAAUUCAGAUUUCCAAAAGGAAAAAAAUAUAGUCUCCCUAGACAAAGUCGGAGUUGGAAGGAAUGGUGUAUUUCAAAAAAAAAAACUCCUAUAUACGGAGUAUAUAUACAUAUUUUUCCUGAUUUGAUGGUCAUUAAUGUGACACUUUGACCAUUAAAUUAUACGGAGGACAUAUGAAAAUGUUAUAAAUAUUUGAUGUAUUAAAAGUACAUCUGAAAAUGAAUCUAAUUACUAUGUACAUUAAAUUUACUUCCCGAUU